AUGCAGAGAUUGGGUUUUCUGGCUUUGAUUGCUAUCUCAUCUGAUGUGGUUUUGUAUCCAGGAACAUUGCACGAUUUGGAUGAAGUCCACAUCAAGCUUGCCUCGCAGGAAGAUGCAAUGGCCGACUCUGCACACUCGAUCCCAUCAACAGCUGGUAUUUCUAAUUUGUACAUUCCGUACCUGUUUGUUGUCCUGUUUACUGAGAAUGCUAUUUGCUCCCUUGUUUUCGGUGCACUUGCUUUGAACUUGCAGUCUAUUCUAACUUCUGCACCUGGUUUGACAAAGAAACUUCACAUAAGAAGACAACUAAAACCUCCAUCAAAACAUUGCCUCAAUGAACUCCACAAAAACACCAGCUCAUAA